CGUCUUGGACCGGAUUGUCGUCGUCUUCUUCCCUCUUACUCUGUUCCAGCUUCCCGAUUCUGGCUUGCAUAAAAAGUCCAAGUCUUCGAAGUCGGGUCAGUCCUAAGUGGAGGUGGGAAUCUCCCUCUCUAGGCCCCUCCCUUCUUUGAAUUUUCUUCCUUUCUCUCUUCCUGCUUUUUCCAAAUUCCUCCCCCCCCCCCGAAGAACAAGUCUAAACUCUCUUUCCUUGGUACUUCUCUCCAACUUCUCUUCCUCUUAUAUUUGGUGCCGCCUCCUUGGUCCUUCAUCGGGCAUUGACCACUUUUCUCUCGUGAACUUCCGGAGGAGGAGGGCUCGUGAGUCGUCCGAGCAAGGAGAACCUUUUUGGGCAUUCGGCAUACCCGCUCGGUUCUUAAGAGAGUGCAGCAGCGCCUUUUCUCAUCUGGGUUUGCUUCAAAUUUUCGCCUUUUUGGUGUUUCAACAAGUUUGUGGUUCAUUCCUCGCGAGUUCUUUUGUCUGAGGUCGUUGCCGAGAAAUCUUGAUCACAGAGUGAGGAAGCAAUGAGCGACUCUGAGGGCGGCGGGACGCUGGACAACUCUGCGGCCGUUGCAAUCACCGGCAAGAUCAUGGUGACAGCAAUUAUACUCCUUUUCUUGGUCGUAGUCUUUGUUCUUUUCCUCCACUUGUAUGCCAAGUGGUUCUGGUGGCGCAUGGAGGAGCCCCCUACUCAGGGCAAUAACCGCCGGCGGCCGCGGCGUCGCUUCGUGUUCGUCCCUGACCAAGAGAUGGCAGCCGUGGCGGCGCGCCGGGGGCUGGAUCCCUCGGUCCUGCGGUCCAUUCCAGUCGUCCCGUUUCGGCCUAAGGAGUUCAAGGACGGGCUUGAAUGUGCCGUUUGUCUGUCUGAGCUUGUCGACGGAGAGAAAGCCAGGUUGUUGCCCAAAUGCAAUCAUGGGUUUCAUGUAGAUUGCAUUGACAUGUGGUUUCAAUCGCAUUCGACUUGCCCGCUUUGUCGAAAUUCCGUCGAUGGAGCGCCUCAGAGUCACAUUGAUGUCGGUCCUGAGGAAAGCAGUGUCGAAUCUAUUAAUGAAUCUGUGGAAUUGAGCGUUGAAGAUAUUUCAGCCGGUGGAUAUUCCACGGAGUCCCCGAAUUUUCCUACUAAUGUGUUGUUCUGGGGUGAUGAGACUCAGGUUAGCUCUAGGACUGGUUCUCUGGAGGAAGGCCCUGUUCCUUCGGAGGAAUCAGUGACUCCAACUCCUUCGUCCUCAAUUCAGCCAGAUGGGGCUUUGGUGAUUGACAUACCGAGGCAGACAAUGGAGAGCACGUCGUCCUUUUCGCCAUCCACAAGCGGGUGUGCACAAGAUGAAUUGAAGUCGCCGAUGACCACAAGAUUGAGGUCUCUGAAGAGGCUUUUGAGCAGGGAAAGAAGAGUGAAUCCUUGCAGUCCUACUUCUGCUGAUGUGGAGCAAGCUGGGAGAAGUCUGCCUUGUUAAUACGAAAUUAUGUGUUAAAGAUGCCAGCGGUCUUCUGCUGCAGUUGAUUGAUUAAGAUGACGAUUCAUCGAUCCUUUUUCAAGCCAAUGAUUCAUUUAAGAUGUCAACUUCAGGUCUAUUGUAGGUCAAUUUGGAUGUCCUGCUCUGGAAAUCCUCGAGGAUUGCCGAAUUUGCUGGGUAAGGCAAGCUUCCCAAUUUGAGGUGCUUGAACUUUUGUUUUUCUGUACAGAAUGAAAAGUUUGAUUGAAUAUUAUCAAGGGAAGUUGGUCUCUGCGAUUGAGUCGGUGCAACGACUUCCUUAUGAUGAGUACAUUAUAUGCACAGCUUCUCUGUUUUAGAUGAUGGAAAACGGAUAUCCAUCAUCUUUGACAGAAGAUGUAGUAUGUGACAACUUCUUUCAUUUAAAGGAUAUUUUGAAGUUAUUGCAUUGUUUGCUCAAA